AUGAGAAUCCCUUACGUACCCACCCCUCCCCCGACCAAGAACGAUGAAGAAGCUGCCAUUGUGAAGCGCAUCGAGGAGCGAAGGAACCCUCGCCCUCUUCAGUCUCUUGACCUUGCGCUCCUUCAUUCUCCUCCCGUGGCAGACGGAUGGAACUCGUUCCUCGGCGCUGUCCGUACAAAGACCUCGCUGAGCGACGACCUACGUGAGCUCGCCAUCUCACGCGUUGCCGUCUGCAACAAGGCCUGGUAUGAGUGGAAGCACCACGCCCCGCUGGCCGUGAAGGGCGGCGUAUCUGAGGCGGGACUCGAGGCUGUCAAGCAGGACACGCUGGGCGAGCGUCCAGCCGAGUUGUCGGAGAAGCAGUGGGCCGUGUUACUGUACACGGAUGAGAUGACGAGGAACGUGCAGGUCAAGGACGAGACGUUUGACCACUUAAAGAAGUUCUUCAACGAGCAGGAGAUUGUCGAGAUCACAGCAACGGUGGCUUGCUACAACUGUGUGAGCCGUUUCUUGGUGGCUCUCGAUGUCGGAGAAAGAAACGGUACCGGCCCCGAAGCUGUCUCUGGUCAUUGA